CAGAUGUCAAAGUCAAAUACUCAAAUUGUGCAUUUGUACUAUUUUGUAUUUGAAAAAUAAAAAUAAUGAAAUAAAGUCAAUGAAAAUGACCGAUAUUCCGUUAGAAAUGGAACAAGUAGAUGUGGAUGAAUUUAGCAGUCAGAGCGAAACCACUGCUAAUAACGUAAAAAACGGAGAAUACGCAGUAGCUAGCGAAGAGUAUAUUCACCAAUUUCCAAAUUUAUUUACGAGUAAAACUCUGAUAGAACUAUCUAAUUCAUCGUGGUCGCGUUCUAGACGUGCUAAUAAUGAUGUGCAGCCUUACUUACGCGGUUGUAAAUGGUCACCGGACGGUACUUGUUGCCUUAGUGUGGUAAAUAAUGAUGGGGUACAUGUGACUGAGUUAUCGCGAGACCUUUACACCGGCUAUGUUGAUCCCAACCGAAUAAUAGACGUUAUGGAUUCUGUAAUUCACGUCAAAGAAUGUGGACUAAUUUAUGAUUUUUGUUGGUUCCCUUUGAUGAAUAGCAGUGUGCCAGAGAGUUGUUGUUGGUUGACAACUAGGCAGAAUGCUCCAGUGCAGAUGUGGGAUGCUUAUGAUGGCUCUCUGCGUUGUUCGUACAGGGGAUUUGAUGCAGUUGACCAGAUGGAACCAGCUUUGUCUGUCGUCUUUUCAAAUGAUGGCAGCAAAAUAAUUGCAGGAUAUAAAAAAGCUAUUAGGACAUUUGAUGUUGAAAGGCCAGGCAGAGAAUUUGUAGAACAAAAAGCGAAUGCGGCUUCUGCCUGUAUUGACAUAUGCAAUAAUUUGUUAGCCGUUGGAUCCUGGAACACCACUGUUAGUUUGUACAGUGUAAAUGCAUCAGACAAUUAUAAAAGUAUUGGAGUUAUGCACGGACAUGGAGGAGGUGUCACUCAAGUAAAGUUCACACCAGAUGGACAAUACCUUGUGUCGGGCGCUCGUAAAGACAACAGACUAUUACUAUGGGACAUCAGAUACUACCGUAGACCACUAAAUAUAUUAUCCAGAGUAGUUGAAACUAACCAAAGAGUUUACUUUGAUAUUUCACCUUGUGGCAAAUAUUUGGUUUCUGGUGGCACUGAUGGAGUUCUUAAAGUAUGGGAUGAAGAUCAGGUGCAUUGGAAAUCUGCUUUGGAAGUCACUGAGGAUAUGGGUGAUACUGCUACUUAUAAGUUCCCACUUCACAAAGAUUGCUGCAACAGCAUCUCUCUACAUCCACUGCGGCCUAUUCUAGCAACUGGGUCAGGACAGUACCACAUAAGACCACCAGUGCCAUCAUCACCUGAAAAGAAGCUUAAUAAUCAAGACAGUACCCUACCUAUGAUAAAGAAAGAAAGUUCCAGUGACGAAGCUACCAUACCGAAACAAUCAAAUAAAAGGAAAUAUGAGGAAUGCGAAUCUCCUGAUUUAGAAGUAGAAUAUACGGAAACCAGUGAAAAUAGUCUAGUGUUCUGGUGGAUAGGAGACGUGCCAGAUUUGACGUAGAUUUUAAAAUAUAUGUUUAAUAUUUGUGUGUGUUUUCCUAAAGAAG